AUGAAUCCAGAUAUGCCUGUCCAUGUGUAAAGUAAUUCUUAAAUUCCAUAUUGUUUCAUAGAUCUCAAAUUAGAAGACUUUGACAUUAUAAAGCCUUUAGGGAAAGGUGCAUAUAGUGAAGUAGUUUUAGCUAAAAACAAACUCACUGGACAUGAAUCAGCACUGAAAAUUGUGGAUAAGAAUUUCUUAUUUAAAGUAAAAAAUUUGAUAGUAAUAUUAUAGGAGAAAAAGAUGCAUCAUGCAUGUAUUGAGAGAGAAGUAUUGAGUAAUUUAAGACAUAAAGGAAUCAUUAAAUUAUUUAAUGCAUUUGAAGAAUAUGAUAAAUUAUAUUACUCUCUUGAAGUGUUAACUGAUGGUAAUUUAUUAGAAUACAUGAACAGUAUUUGAUAUUCAUUAUAUUUAGGGCAUAAUUUUAAUGAUUCAAUAAUAAAAUUCUAUGCAGCAGAAUUGUUAUUAAUUCUUGAAUAUUUGCAUUAAAAUGGGUUAGUACAUAGAGAUGUGAAACCUGAGAAUAUUCUUUUAACCAAAGAUAAACAUUUAAAACUUAUUGAUUUUGGAACAGUAUUUGUUUAUGAUCAUAAUAAAAUUGACAUUGGAAAUAAAUUAGAAGAUAUUAGAAUUUAAUAUUAAAAAUAAAGAUCUCCUUCUUUAAAUGAUUUUGAAAAACCAUAAAUAAAAUAUUGUAGAGAUUCUAGUUUUGUUGGUACAUCUGAAUAUUUAUGUCCUGAAUUAAUAGAUUACAAUGUUAUAGGUCCAUAAGCUGAUUUAUGGGCAUUAGGAUGUUUUAUUUAUCAAUUAUAUACAAAUAAAACACCAUUCUAUUCUGAAAAUGAAUUUGAAUUAUUUAAUAACAUAAGUCAAUGCUCAUGGUUAUAAGAUUAAAGUAUACCUAAUGAUGCUUUGGAUCUUAUCAAGAUUUUACUUGAUAAAGAUCCUUAAAAAAGAUUUUAUGGAGAAUUCAAUGGUAAUUUAAUAAUAAUAUUAUUAUUAGAUUCUCAAUAUAAUUAUGAUAAUCUUAAGUAGCAUCCAUUUUUUAGAGGAAUUAACUUUAAAUAAAUGUGGUUAUAAGAUGUUCCUUUUUUAAAUACAACAAAUACACAUAAAAGGAAGAUGAGUAGAGUUUAAACUACAUUUAUUGAAAAUAAUUUAACAUCUCGUGAUAAAUAUGAUAUCAGAGGAAUUUCUGUUACUAAACACAAAGCAGAUUAAAUUAUUAUAUAAGGUUAAUUAGAUAAAGAACAUGGAGUUCUAUUUAUGACUUAGUUUUCUCUUAGACAUGCUAGUAUUGUAUGUUAAGAUGGAAUAACUAAUUUUAUAUAUAUUAAUCCUUAAUUAAAUAACAAAAAAGUAUUAAUAAUAUAUAAUUUAUUAGACAGUAAUCCCUUUAAAUUAAUUUACAUCAUGUAAAUUAUUAGGAAAAGGGAAAUUCAUUGUUGGAGAUAGAAACAAAAAGAAAUACAUUUUCAAAUAAAAAGAAAAUAAUGUUCCAGCUCAAUAAUGGGUUAAUUUAAUUAACAAAUAUAUAAAAUCUAAUCAUUAUUGA